AUGAACAAGUCAUUUACGGCUAUUGCAACUAAGGAGUUCUAUGCUAAAGAAAUAAUUUUUCGUCGGCAAAUGGAAUUAGUCUCUCAAGGGAAGCAGCUGUCGGAAGUUGCUCCUCAGUAUUCUGGGAUGGUUACUCACAAAUUAAAAGCAGUAAGCCGUGCUCUUGAAAAUGUAAAUUUGAUGAACGAGGUCUCUAUCACAACCAGCGAUAAAAAAAAUGAGAAACUACUUUUACGAAAGCUUCGUAAAUGGAUUCUUACUAUUGAUAAGAAGCUAACUUUUACGGAAGAGAGGAUAGCAUCUUCUACAACGUCUCUUAAUGAGCUGGAGCGUAUUGGUUGUGAGCAAGAGGCUCUUCAGAGAAUUGCAGAUUUGUGA